CAGCUGUCAUUCCACCGUGAUGAUACUCGUGAAAUAGGAUGUGUACUGUGUAGGGAUUUUUGUGAGUGAGUUAUUCUAACCUAACUUGUCAACUUAACCAUAAACAAAAUAUAAACAAAUAAUGGAGCAAACAAAUAUAGAAAUAACUGAUAAAACAUGUAGACUGUGUUUAGGAACUAAAGCUACAAGCUGUAUUAACUCGAUGAACAAAAGCACAUCAAAAAAAUACUCUUACAUAGUUGAAAACUGCCUUUCUCUCAAGGUAGAUGAUGCAGAAGACUUUCCUCAAAAGAUAUGCCUCAAGUGUAUCAAGUUAUUAGUCAGUUUUUACAAAUUUAAAAAUACAGUACUUGAAAGCGAUAAACGGCUACAUGAAAUACUUGCUCAAGAGGAUAAGGCUGAUCAAGAAAACACUAACCAUAAAAUUGGCCCCUCUGAAGUGAUAAACGCAACUGUUCCCAUAGUAGAACCUAUUAAAGCAGAAAACUUUGAUUUUGAUGAAAUAUCUGUAAGAGAUGACUCACUAUAUAAUAGUUCAGAAUCAGAAGCAGAGAUCGAGGACAAAAGCAGAGAAAAAAUACCCAUUAAUAAAUGUGAAAUAUGUGGUAAAUUUUUGAGUUGUAAGAGUAAUUUAACACAGCACAUUAGGAGGCAUACAGGUGAACGUCCAUUUGCUUGUGAUGUAUGCGGAAAGAAGUUUUUUAAAGCUGAACAUGCCUCAAUUCACAAAAGAAUACACACAGGUGAACGUCCACAUAAAUGCUUGAUCUGUUCUCGUCGUUUCAUUCAGUAUGCAGCAUUGAAGGUCCACAUUAGAACACAUACUGGAGAAAGACCUCACCAAUGUCCUACGUGUGGUAAAGCUUUCAGUCAGCCUAGUAGCUUGGUCUACCAUCAAAGAACUCAUUCUGGAGAAACCCCUUUCCACUGCACCCUUUGUGGUAAAGGUUUUAAGAAUUCUGGGAACCUGAAAAUUCACAUCAGGUUCCAUCAAGAUGAGCGGAAUUUUGUAUGUAAACUGUGCGAUCGACGCUUCGUGACCUCUUCCCAUUUGAACUUGCAUCUUCGGCAACACCGCGGAGAGCGACCGCAUAAAUGUGUAGUUUGUGGCAAGGCUUUCCUACGCAGCGAACACCUGAAAGGACACCUUGUUAUACAUUCUGGACAGAAGCCACAUGCUUGCCAGGUUUGUCCUAAAAGGUACACCCAAUCUAGUCACCUGGCACGCCAUAUGAAAACGCAUGAUCGACAAGCAGAAGCAAAAAUAACUGCUGCUGAAGGUCCGACUGAACAAAAUAUUGUGGAAGGGGUCAGUCACGUACCACAGAUGGCGGUAGGAGCAAUUGAUAAUUGGUCAGAAGUGCAAAACAUUGUUAAUAGGUAAAAUAGAAUCCUUAGGUGCUAUGGAUGUUAUGAGAAUACGGAAUUAUGCAAUAUGUCGCAGUUCAUUAUAGUUCACUUCUAUUUCUAAUGAAAAAAUGUGCUAACAAAGGCUAAUACCAAACUGACCAUAAAGAAUUGCAUUUGUUGAAAAUAUGUAAAUAUUUUUAUCAUUGUUUUUCCGGUAGUGAAAUAUGAAGGAAGCAUGCGGAAUAUUUUUAGAUUGUAUUGUUAUUUUAAGGUAUUGUAUUGUUUAUACAUUGUAAUAAAUUAUUUUUUGAAUAUCUACCAUAUAAUUUAUCAUAUUUGUUUGUUACCUUUUGACCGUCACUAGCGGAAACCAGCGACCAAUAACAACAGUACUAUGACUACAAUGCUUUAUUGACCAACAGAAGUCCAUUCCAUUCACAGGCAAAACUAAACAAAGAAUAUAUCUACAUAUCUGUAGCAAAUAAAAAAAGAAGAAAAACAAUGUAAUUUAUCUGAUCAUAUCGUUCAGCGACUUCACACACGUUUCUCAUAAUAUUAAAAUUGUAUUGCUGCGAUCUAACUCGAAAUAUGGGUACGACCUAAGCCUGAAUGGUGGUGUAUUAUUGACAUUCAACAAUGAUAGUAGGUGCAUACUAUCUAUCUUGUUAUCCAACAGUGAAUAUAAAAAUGCAAGGUGAACACUUUGUUUUUGAUGAUAAGGAUCGACACACGUUCAGAUCAGCUGCCUGGAGAUGGGAAUUCAACCCAGACCUGGUCUUUGUCACGUACGACAACGGCAGACACCAAGCCGAAAAUGCAGAAUCACUAUUUUAUUUAUAUUUGCAUCAAACUAAACGUAUAGACAACCAGACUUACCCAACCUCCUUAUUUCCACGCCAUCAUCGAUGCGCUUACAAAAUGAUCACGGUUGCCAGGUGUGGUGAUUUUUCACCAAAUAUGAUGAGUUUUUACCCGUUUGUAUCCAUUACAUAUUUUUAUUUCAUUAAAUUCAUCAAAGAGAUUCGAAAGUCAUAAAUAUUAGGGGUCAAACUAGAUUCGGCCAGGGUUGGUUAUGACUGCCAUAACCCCCCCCCCUUUGGAUCCGCGCUUGCGGGUUUGUCAGGAUGAGGAAAUUGGG